UAUGAGUCCGACUAUCGAAUAAACAAUCGCAGUUCUCAGCUGGACAUUUUCCACUUGCUAAAAAUUAAAUUAGAGAAUUUAUCAAUUAAAAUGAACCGAGUGAGGACUACGCAGGCCAAGACGGGCGAGAUCGUCGCCUACAGCGAGGGUGCUAUUCGCAACAACAUAUCCGCCGUGGAGUACUGCCGCACCUCGAUGGCCGCCAUCUCCGGCUGUGCUGCGGGGAUCCUCGGCCUAAGCGGAACCCUGGGAUUUCUGUUCUACUUUCUGUCGGUCUUUGUUCUGUGGAUUCUGGUUCUCCUGAAGUCCGGCACCCAGUGGCGCAAAUUCUUCAUCAACCGCCGGAAUCUGCUGACCAACCAGUUCAUGGGUGGCCUUUGCACCUACGUGCUCUUCUGGACAUUCUUGUACGGCAUGGUUCACGUGUAUUAAGAGUAUUUUUUUUCGUACAUUUAACUACAAAACAUAGCAGAAUAAACAUAGGUUUGGACUAGGAAA